ACCAUCGCCGCCGCUCAAAAUGCUGCUGCGUCCAACAAGAACACAGCAGCUCACCAGCAGCUGGUGCAGAGCUGUAAGGCUGUAGCAGAUCACAUCCCGCAGCUCGUCCAAGGAGUACGAGGCAGCCAGGCCAAACCAGAGGACCUCAGUGCACAGCUGGCCCUCAUCAUUGCCAGCCAAAACUUCCUGCAGCCUGGAAGUAAGAUGGUGACCUCUGCCAAGUCGUCCGUCCCCACAGUGACAGACCAGGCCGCAGCCAUGCAACUGGGUCAGUGUGCCAAAAACUUGGCCACCUGCCUGGCUGAGCUGAGGACGUCUGCUCAGAAGGCUCAUGAGGCUUGUGGCCCCAUGGAAAUCGACUCUGCGCUCACAGCCAUCCAGACCCUGAGAAGUGAACUGCAGGAUGCUAAGAUGACCGCGGCGAAUGCUCAACUCAAACCUCUUCCUGGAGAAUCGUUGGAGAAGUGUGCUCAGGAUCUGGGCAGCACCUCCAAGUCUGUGGGAUCCUCCAUGGCUCAGCUGCUUACGUGUGCUGCCCAAGGAAAUGAGCAUUACACUGGAAUAGCUGCCAGAGAGACAGCCCAGGCCCUGAAAACACUGGCCCAGGCAGCCCGGGGAGUUGCUGCCUCCACCACAGACCCCAAGGCUGCAGCUGCCAUGCUAGACUCAGCUCGUGACGUUAUGGAGGGCUCAGCGCUGCUAAUUCAUGAGGCCAAGCAGGCACUGAUUUCCCCGGGAGACACUGAGAGUCAGCAGAUGCUGGCACAGGUGGCCAAAGCUGUCUCUCACUCCCUGAAUAACUGCGUCAACUGUCUGCCUGGCCAGAAGGAUGUCGACAUGGCUCUAAGGAGCAUCGGAGAGGCCAGCAAGAAACUUCUGAUAGACACUAUCCCCACAGCCUCCAAAACAUUUCAGGAAGCCCAGAAUGAGCUGACCCAAACUGCUGCUGGCCUGAACCAGUCAGCAGGGGAGGUGGUCCACGCCUCUAGAGGCUCCAGCAACCAGCUGGCCGAGGCCUCUGGGAAGUUCAGCCACGACUUUGAUGAGUUCCUGGAUGCUGGCAUAGAGAUGGCUGGGCACACACAGAAAAAGGAUGACCAGGUGCAGGUGAUUGGUAACCUGAAGAACAUCUCCAUGGCUUCCAGCAAACUACUGCUGGCUGCAAAAAGUCUGUCUGUGGACCCAGCAGCAGCGAACGCCAAAAACCUGCUAGCUGCUGCUGCAAGGGCCGUGACGGACAGCAUCAACCAGCUGAUCACACUGUGUACACAGCAGGCGCCCGGCCAGAAAGAGUGCGACAACGCCCUGAGAGAGCUGGAGGCUGUCAGGAAAAUGCUGGAUAACCCCAGCGAACCGGUCAAUGACCUCUCUUACUUCGACUGCAUCGAGAGCGUGAUGGAGAACUCAAAGGUCCUCGGAGAGUCCAUGGCCGGCAUUUCUCAGAACUGUAAGACCGGAGACGUGUCUUUGUUUGGGGACUGUGUGGGCUCAGCCUCUAAAGCUCUGUGUGGCCUCACUGAAGCUGCAGGACAGGCUUCCUACCUGGUGGGUGUGUCUGAUCCCAGCAGUCAGGCGGGACACCAGGGGCUGGUGGAUCCCAUCCAGUUUGCCAAAGCCAACCAGGCUAUCCAGAUGGCUUGUCAGAACCUUGUGGACCCACAGAGCAGCCCCUCUCAGGUGCUCUCAGCAGCCACAAUUGUUGCUAAGCACACCUCGGCAUUGUGCAAUGCCUGCCGUCUCGCCUCCUCCAAAACAACUAAUCCUGUUGCUAAAAGGCACUUUGUUCAGUCGGCCAAGGAGGUUGCUAAUACCACAGCUAACCUGGUCAAAACCAUCAAGGCUUUAGAUGGAGAUUUCUCAGAGGAGAACCGAAACAGAUGUCGAGUUGCCACGGGUCCACUGAUCGAGGCGGUGGAAAACCUCACUACAUUUGCUUCAAACCCUGAAUUUGCCAGUAUCCCAGCUCAAAUCAGCAAUGAGGGCUCUGCAGCACAGGAACCCAUCCUCCAAUCAGCACGGUCUAUGCUUGACAGCUCUAUCCAUCUGCUUCGAACUGCACGCUUGUUGGUCAUCAACCCCAAGGACCCGCCAACGUGGUCCGUUCUGGCUGGUCACUCUCGCACGGUCUCUGACUCCAUCAAGAGUCUCAUCACAGCCAUCAGGGACAAGGCCCCUGGCCAGCGGGAGUGUGACUCAUCAAUUGAUAACAUUAACAAAUGUAUCCGGGACAUUGAGCAGGCCUCUCUGGCAGUUGUUAGCCAGAACUUACCCAGCAGGGACGACAUCUCUCUGGAGGUAAGCUCCACAUCUUCCCAACAUAUUCUGAUAUCUUUAGUCGUUUGA